AUGCUCGCUACGCAAACCAACUCUACAUCAUCUUCUUCCUCUUCCGAGCGCCGUCUCGCCGGCAAGGUGGCAAUCGUGACCGGCAGCUCGCGCGGCCUGGGCGCCGCCAUCGCCAAGCAGCUCGCGGCAGAGGGCGCCAUCGUGGCCGUCAACUAUGUCAACGGCGCCGACGCCGCCCAGGCCGUGGUGGCCCACAUCGUCGACCGCGGGGGCCAGGCCCACGCCUUCCAGGCCGACGUGGCCCAGCGGGCGCAGGUCUUUGACCUGGUCGACCAGGUGGUCAAGCGCUGGGGCCGCCUCGACGUGCUGGUCAACAACUCGGGCGUCCUGUCAGUGGGCCUGCUGGCCGACGUGACCGAGGAGGAGGUGGACCGCUUGCUUGCGGUGAACUUCAAGGGCACCCUGUGGGGCAUCCAGGCGGCUUCCAAGGCGCUCACCUCCGGCGGUGCCAUCAUCAACGUCUCCAGCAUCGCUCCCAGGACCGCCGCCCCGGGGGCGGUCGAUGUGCUGACGAAGACGGCGGCCAAGGAGCUGGGGCCGCGGGGCAUCCGCGUCAACUCAGUCGCGCCGGGCGUGAUAGAAACGGACAUGGCCGACACGCUCCCGGCCGAGUUCAAGGCCGCGGCCAAGGCCCAGACCCCGCUCGAGCACCGCUUCGGCACCGCCGAGGAGGUGGCCCAGACCGUGGCCUUCCUCGCCAGCCCGCAGGCCAGCUGGGUGACAGCCCAGAACAUCGAACUCGCUGGCGGCGUGUAG